UGUUACACUUUGGACGCAAUUUCAGUUUGGUCUUUUCUUUCUAUAGUCCACAUAAAUUCAAGCUUUUUCCGGCCUGACGCUGCAUCCACCUUUUUUUUUCCCUAGCAUAAUUUCCUUAUUUCCGAGUACAAUUGAAAGCACCACGAGUCCGCUUUUGACACAAGGAGCCUGCUUCAAGCUAAAAAGCUCAGCAUGUCUGAGAAGGAGCUGGGGAAAAAGUGGGACCGAUGCCUUGCGGAUGGUGUUAUAAAGCUUGGCACAGGUCUGAGCUUGGGAAUUGUGUUUUCUGUCAUCUUCUUCAAAAGGCAUACAUGGCCUAUUACGCUUGGCUCGGGGAUGGGCCUUGGCAUGGCAUAUGCCAACUGUCAGAAUGACCUAAGAUUACACUACUUGCUGCAUAAAAAGGUAAGUAGGAUCUAGGGCAACUCCAAGCCUGUUGUGCUUUUAUCCGCUUGUGUAUUGAAACGCACAAGAAUGUUCAGAUGGCGGACAAUGUGACACAACCACUGAUUUCUACUUUUUUUUUAGGGCAAUGUGGAAAAAAAUUCUCAUGAGUCAUGGCGCAUUCGUACGUUUGUUUUUGGUUUUUAACCAAUGUCCUUUUUUUUUUUUUCAA